ACCGCAGUGUCGCGGUUCUCUCUGAUUGCAGCCGACUGGAUGGUCCUUUGCGUCACUUGGCGCUCAACCUAUCAGACCAUCAGGAUGUCCCGGCUGGCUGGACUGGGCCAACGCGGAUGUGCAAGUAUUCUGUUGCACGAUGGCGCGUCAAAGACCUGCUAUUCGCGCGACUCGAGAUCGUGAUUCAUUUGGCCUCAGGGACGGCUUACUUCUUGGCAAUGCUCAUCCUCAACGUUCUUCACGUUGCUUUCACUUUGACUUCGGUGAACGGGGAGUAUGUCUCGAAUUCUCCGUGAUCCUCCUCUGAUAUUCCAUCAUGUCACUGCUACCGUUUUCAGUGCAACGAGCGCCGUGACUCUCUUCGAGGAACCGUUGACUUCUAUCCUCACGUCGAGAGUCUUCAUUGAUCUACAGAGGGUCGAGCGCAUAGUAGCCCGACGCUCUCAGUCGAUAUCACAAGAAUCGGAGCUCGCAUUUGAGUCUCAUGCGUCGUCGGGCACUCAUAGCUUCCUCGGAUCUAUCGAAUGUCAGCACUCCAUCCAUGGACAUUGGAGACGACAUAUAUGACGGAGAUGGAGAUCAUUCUGAGCCUGAAUCCGGUAGACUCGCUCGCAAGAGCAAUUUUGACACAUGAC